AUGCCCAACGCCACCAUCGCGAGCCUCAGACAGAGCCUCUGCUCAGAGGAAACGCCCCUCCCGGUUCGCUUCCGCGCCUUGUUCUCCCUUAAGCAUGUCGCAAAGACGUCCGACGCCGAAGAGGCCCUCGCGGCCAUCGAAGCCAUCGCCGCUGCCUUCGCUUCACCGUCUGCGCUCCUGAAGCACGAGGUUGCGUACUGUCUUGGGCAGACUGGAAAUGAGGCAGCUAUUGCGCCUCUGCGAGAUGUCUUGUCAGAUCUGAAGGAGGAUCCCAUGUGCAGACAUGAGGCCGCUGAGGCUCUGGGUGCGCUGGGUAACGCUUCCAGCUUGGAUCUGCUAAAGCAGUUUAGAGAUCGUGCUGGCGAGGAGAUUGUUGUCAAAGAGACUUGCGAGAUUGCCAUUGAUCGCAUUGAGUGGGAAAACUCUGAGGCAAGGAAGCAGGAGAAGCUGCGUCAAAGCGACUUUGCUUCGGUCGACCCGGCGCCUCCCAUGCCCGAAUUCCAACAGUCGGUUGAGGAACUGGAGAGAGUGCUGCUGGACGCCAACCAGCCGCUCUUCAUGCGAUACCGUGCCAUGUUUGCCCUCCGCGAUCUUGCCUCCCCCCCUGACCUCCCGACCGCCGUCCCUGCCGUCCACGCCCUUGCCAAGGGCUUCGCCGACUCCUCAGCCCUCUUCCGCCACGAGAUUGCCUUUGUCUUUGGCCAGCUUUCACAUCCCGCGUCUAUCCCUGCCCUCACCGAGGCCCUGAGCAACCAGGAAGAGGCCAGCAUGGUGCGCCACGAAGCUGCCGAGGCGCUAGGCAGUCUCGGAGACGAGGAGGGCGUCGAGGACAUCCUGAAGCGCUUCCUUCACGACAAGGAGCAGGUUGUUCGCGAGAGCGUCAUUGUGGCGCUGGACAUGGCCGAGUAUGAGAGAGGCGGCGAGACGGAAUAUGCUUUGAUCCCAGAGGUAGCCGGCGCCUCUGCGUAA